AGGAACGUUAGUUAAAGUCUCGGAUGAAAGAGCGCGCCUUGCGGCGGCCGGGCAACCCAGGCCAAUCACAUCAGGGCGAGUUUCCGGAAGUGACGCAAUUCUCAGGGGGUGGGGAGGUGUUGCCGUUGGCGGUUCCGUUGAACCUGAUCGCUUUGGGCGGUUUUUCCGAGAGAGCAAAAUGGCGGCUCCCUUGUGAACUGGAAUGGGUGGGGGCGGCUAAGUAGUCGUCUCGGCGGCUGCCGCCUGAGGAGAAGUGGCGGCAUGUCUCUCUGAGCGGCGAAGAAAGACGCUUCUCGGGGCUCGGACUUUGCAGUUCUCGCUCUCCGUCCCUCCCCGCUGGGCUGCGGUUGCCUCCUGCGUUGGGCCUCCCUUGUGCGCCGGGCCGCGGCCGCGGAAGGAAGCAGCUGGGAAUCAUGAGCGCCGGCGGCGGCGGCGGCGGCGGCGGCCCCGGGGCCGGGGCCUGGAAGAAGGAACACCUAUGGCAUUUUUUGCUGGCUCUGGGCUUCAAGCCGGACAAGGCCGCGGCCGAAGCUGGGAAGCUCACGUCGCACACGAAGCUGGGCGUGAGCAUGUUUGACAAACCUAACAGUGAUGCCUUUCACAUAGUUGCCUACUUUUUGUUUAACACUUUGAAUCCUUCCCAUGCUAAAGAAGUAUUCAGAUUCUGUUGGCCUCCAGUAGACCGAAAAGCUGAUGCUGAAUUUCGGAAACAGUGUUGUGAAUGGUUGAAAAGAAUUUCUGAUGAAUGUGGAAGCAGCUUUCCUCAAGUUGUUGGUUCCUUGUUUCUUUCUCCUGGUGGCUAUAAGUUUGUUGAUCUCAUGUAUUCUUUUGCAAGAUUUGUGGCAGUGCAGUAUAUUAAAACCAACUCUGAAAAUCCUAAUUGCUUUGUAGACUUAUUUAAUAAAAAAUUUCAAGAUCCUCGUAAGUCCUUUACAAGAUGCCAUGUAGGACGCACCUGGUUUUUACAAAUUUUACAAAAAGAAGAUUCUCUGAUUCGACAAUACCAAGAACAUUCUCAAUCAUUGAUUAAACAAAUAAGAGAUUUGAAUUCACAAUACUCAGAAUUGCAAAAAUUACAAAAAAAGAGCCAGAAUGAAGACCAAAAUAGCAUAUCAGACAAAGUUGAAAAGGUUCGAUUGAUGUGGGCUUCUGUGAUGGAAACUCUUACAUUUUUGGAAAAAGAAAGAGAAGUUGUUAAUUCGGUCAUUACAGGUCAUGUUGAUCAGUAUACUUUGGAUGGAGCUGGUGUUACUAUUAAGGUUCCAAGGCUUUUACUGGACAGAAUUGAAAAACAAAUGUCCCAUUUAUUUAUAGGAAACCUUUAUGAAGCUGGAAAAUUGAAUCUUUUAACUGUUAUUCAGUUACUAAAUGAAGCCCUGAAAAUUUUAAAAGAUGAACGUAAUUGUAUUGAUGAAACAAGACUGACAGCAGACCUUAAUUAUGUUGAAAGAGAAGCCAGAAUUCAGAAAAACUCAUUAUCAUAUGUGCAGCAGAUGAGGAAUAAAAUAAAAGAAGAAGCUAUUUUAGUAAAGCAAUCAAAUACUGAGAAACAGAAAGAAUGGAAUAAGAAGUGGGAACAAUUCCUUAAUCAGACUCCUUUUAGUCUAAUUAAAGAUGAGACACCAGCUCUGGAUCUUUUACCAGCAAUGUCUCCUCUUUCUUUUGAUCCGGCUUCAGAAGAAGUUUAUGAAAGCAGCAUCUUCUUUCAAUAUCCCAUAUCACUUCCAGAUACAUCUAAGAAGGAUACCCAUGAAAAGUCCCACUGGAAAGAUAAUGAUGCAGUAGGAACUAUGGAUGAACUAGUGAACAGGGCAGCUGUUCUUCCAGUGCAGGCAGAUACAACAUCUGAUAGUAGCAGUUCACCGUUACUUGAAAAGGAUGUGAAGACAAAAUCUGUUAGAGAUAAAGAAAAAUCGAUUUCUAAAAACAAAAAAAGUAUCCAAAUGGACAGAUCUCAACCAUUGUCAGCUCAGAACAGAGAAAGUUGUGUACUUCCAAAACCAAUGCUAGAUCCUUUCAAAAAAGAAGUAGAUCAUCUGGCAGAGGAGGUUGCAAAAGCUGUUGUAGCAGAUUCACCACAGUUUUGUAAAGACAGACAAACAGAGUUAGGGGACUUAAUUAACUGUUUGUUUUCUAAUCCGUUUUUGACAAGAAAGCAAAUUCCACGGACUCCAGAAAAUUUGACUCCUGAAAUUAGCAACCCCCAAAGAGAAGUUUUUCAAGAUGAAGUUGAUCCAGAUAUAGAGAUGAUUCAAAUGGAUGCUGUGUUUAAUGACCAAAUACAUUUAAGCACGAGCAGUUUUCUCUCAGGAUCAGCUCUUAGUAAAUCUUUCUUGCCAGAAGAAAAAGAUUCUCCAAAACUUGAGCUUCAAGAGAAUACAGGAACUAGUCACCUUGAUGCACUAACAGGCAAAUAUGCAAAAAUUUUAAAUAAAAGAAUCUCAGAACAGAAUUCAGAAUGUGCAGUUUUACAAGUAAAUCUUGAAGAAAGAAGCCAUACAGCAUCAGGUUUAUCUGCUGCAGAGAACAAGAUAGAUGGAAUAAAGAGUGAAGGCGAGCGAGUUAAUAAAAAGCUGGACUUCUCAUCUGCGUCUUGUAAAGAACAAUCUUGGGUGCAUACAACUUUAUUGUGGAAUUCUGAAAUACUAAAUGAAAUUAAUUCUGAUAGCAGAGAGGCUGUCCAUUUUGAUAUAUUGCAUGAAACCCUUCCAGAGGUUGCUGACAAUUUGAGUUUUAAUAGCACAGAGUCUGAUGGUGAAACAGGGCAGAAUAGUUCAAUGGCUAAUGCUAUCUUAAUGGAAGAGUCAAUGAGAAAAAAAUUGACUACUGAAGAAAGAAACUUGGAUUUUGAGGCUAUUUGCAGUAGAUUUGAAGCUCUUAAAAAGUCUAUGUCUGUGAAAAAGAAAGAGUCUUUUCAGUUUUCUCCUGAAACAUUUGUGAAAGAUGAUUCAAAAUUGAACUGUACUUCAAAUAACACAGAAACAGAUGAUAUGUUUAAUUCUCUGGAAGAUUUUCCUGCUCUCUACACAGACAAUACAAAACCAUCUAUACGAAUGUCCUUUGGUGAAAGAAAAUCUCUUUCACCACUUAUUAAAUUUUCUCCAGAGGAACGGAAACGAAGAUCCACAAAGCCAAACAAUAUUGGAGAAUUUUUACCUUAUUUAAAGGAAGAAGAAAACUUGGAUACAAUUCUCAAAUCCUCAUCUAACUUAAAGGCUGAAGAAGAUGGAGCAGUUGCACAAUUGAUUGAAUUAUGAUGGAUUGAAAUUGAAGAUACAUUAUAGAAUAAAAAACAUUUGUAAUCUAAAUAAUUUUGGGAAGCCUUACUCCAGAUAAGAAAAACCCCAAAACAUUAACACUCCAAGAGAUAAAUUUAGUAUUCUGUUUGUUAAAUAAUUUAGUCUUUUUGAAUGAAAAAAUAUAUAGGUUUAUACCUGUUUGUAAGAAAUGGAAGUAGAGAAAACAAAACAUAGAAUGCACAGAAUGUUAGAACUUGAAAGAACUUUAGAGAUCAUUUAAUUCAGUCUCCACUUUUUAUAGAUGAGGAAACAGGUCCAGAAGGGUGAAAUGAUUAGCUUGAUACCUAAAGAAUGAGCUUUCCAAAGUUAAGUAAACUAUUGACAUAGAUAAUAGCUUGACUGAUUUUUAAAGGAAAAAUAAUGUAAGAAGACCAUUUAGAAACACCGUACUUUCCUCUGAAGCAAAUAAAAGUUGUGUAAGGCUUCACUCUUACUUAGAAUAUAUUAAAACCACUAACAGAGAUAUCUGAAAGUAGUAAAGUAGGACAUGAAUUAGAGAAAAAGUAAGAACCAGAUAGUGGUAAACCUUAAACUUGUUUUUUUUUUCCAAAGUGGUAAUGGCAACUGAAGGAGAUGAAUUUAUGUGAAUUGAUGAAUGUGUUUAUGAAAAAAGAGAGCAAAGAGAAUAUCUAAAUGAGAAAAUGACAACAGAAGAAAAAUGAUGAAAAGAGAAAAUAAGAAUGACUGACUACCAAGGACUAGAAAUCUACUUAGUGGGUUUAACUGGGUAGUGGACUUAUUUGGUCUAAUUUAGACUGGAAUUAUUUAUUUUUCUAGUUUUGUAUUUAAACAGAAACAUGUAAAUAAAUUAAGUAAUAUUCACUGUU